CGCCGUUCGUUCGGAUUCUGCGCCGUCAGCAGUUAUGUCGGGCGCACGUCCACGCGCAUGGAAGCGCAUAACCGCCACAGACCAGACGGGUGGGGGGGGACUUCGCGGUAAGGAGCGGAAGGUCCAAAGUGCCGCGGCUGCGGCGGGUUCUCCUGCUGCGAGGUCGGCCGCUCCCGCUCGACCGCGCGCACCUCCGUCCCACGGAGGGGACCACCCGCGAGCUCAUCCGCGGCGGCGACUCGUCCCGACCGACACGCGGAACCCGGAGCCCACUCGACCCGACUCGGCUCGGGCUCCGGCUCGGGCUCCGACUCGGGCUCUUAGUUCGUCUGGGCUCGGCUCGGCUACCGUCUUCCGCCGGAAAAUGCGGCAGCAUUCUGAAUGCAUACAAUCCAUCUUUUCGGUUUGGUGCAGCCGUAAUGAAUUGGUGGUGGGGAUUGCGAGAGUUCUGUCCUGGAAAUGGACGAAGGCUACUGGUCUGGGCUUCUGGGUUGUUUCUAGUUCCCCCGGGAAACCGAGAUUGGCGCUAAGUGAGACAGCAGCCGGAGAAGAGCUCUUGGUGAGGCGGCCAGGUCGUCGUCUGCAGUAUCAGAGAGGGCAUCGGGCGGAAACCGUCGGGCCAACAGGGCGAAGAAGGACCAAGAUGAGGAAGUGAUGAUCUAUUCCUUUUGCUGUGGUAUCCUUUUCAUCAUCACCGUGGACCGACAGAGGAGUUCGCCGAAGUAGCGCAGAGUGAAGAGAGUCAGUCCCCUGAGACUGGACGGGUCCCCAGGGUAGGAGGAGUGGUAUAAGCGUUCGCGGUAGCGUUCAAAAAAAUACUGUAGGGAAGUUGAAAGGAGGAGAAGGCGAAAGGAGAGAGGGGGAGGUGAAAGGGUGGAGGGAGGCAGGGAGGGAGUAGUAGAGGUGCAAACGAGUCAAUCGGGCGCAGUUUACUGAGCUUCGGCUAUGGCGUGACGAGCGCAGUGUUGAAAGACACCACGGAAUCUUCCCCGCCAAAAAAGACAGGAAUUGUUCCCGCGAAAAGAGACGGUAACCAUUUCCGCGGGAAGAAAUUUGUGUCAUUUCCGCGUAAUUGAUCCUCCCGUUGGGUGGUUAUUCAUGGGCGAACCGGGGUUUUGAACGAAGAGGAGGUGGUUUCGGUGAUGAGUAAGAGGAGGUGAAAAACAACCGGUUGCUGCGUGUGGAACCUCUGCCCAAAGUCGAGAGGUAAGGAUCGGCGGGGCGGGGAGUGUGGGAGGGGAUGGGAUUGGAUAUGCGCAAAGCAGAAGCUACUUGAAAGACCUCAGGACGAUGUAAGUAAAGGAAACGGCGAAGCAUAGGCGCAAAAGGCGCGAGGGGAGGGAGGGAGAGAGGGGAUUGGAAAGAAUAGUCAAGAGAGAGGAGGGGAGGUGUCUUACUAGUGAGUAUCUGGACUACUUUUGCCUAGUAGAGCAUCGGCAGCUACGAUUGCCAUUGAUCACUGAUUAGAUGAUUAGCAGCAUCAGACUCAUUGUUGUCGGGAUAGGUGGAGAAGGUGGUGGUUAUUAGAGUGUGGGAGAGUCGAGAAGUGACUAAAGGGAGGGGGAUAAGGGUGGGGCGUGGGGGGAUAGAGGAGGGAGUACAACGGAGGAGAGGGAAUAAAGAGAGGAAACGGGGUGGAAUUUCGAGCCGGGGGGGGGAGAGGAUUCCCAGAGCGGGGGGGGGAACCCAGUGCUCUAUUUGUACAGAAAAGGCGGGGAAAACAAGAUAAUCUGUCUCUUGUGAUGUCUACGCGGGGGCAUCCUUGGCGUCAAAAUGACUUGACAAUAGCGGGUGAUGAAACGUUAUGGACUAAUUACAUUGUAUGUGUUUCUUGAGAGCUUACUUACGAACGGGAUGGAUGUGAUAGGAGAGUAUGCGGAUUUUUUUUUAUUCUGAUACAUUGAAUGCAAAAUUUUUUUUUUGGAAUUUUUGUUUUGUACUUGGCAAAUGAGGGCGGCGGCUUCGGUAUUCGUUGUCGUCUGAGGAGCGCAAUAAUUUAGUUUCUAUUUUGCUUUCGCGGUUGGUGGGAAUUGGGUCUGGAGCAGGAGGAUCAUCUACCUCCCGCGCCUGCGUGUCUGCGCGCCGACGCCCCUUCGACUAAUGACAAGGUGAUGACGAUUGCCAGCAAGUGACACGUGGCAUUCGAUAUCAACUCGCAGCGCGCUCGUGCGACAAUCCAUUACUCUGAGGAGAUGGUGGAGUUGACACAGUCGCACUAGUGUGCACGAGUGGUAGUAAGAGGUGGACUUGGGUUAUUUUCCGUUGUCGUCGGAGGGAUGAUCUGAUCUUAAUUGCGACGCGGGGCGAAACGCACAAGCAC